AUGGCAGUUCUACAGACUGUUGUUGAAUCAUCUAUUGCUGUUGGAUCUGUCAUUCUUUCGUCAGAUAAAGAAAGGAGAUCUACAAUGCAUUAUCAAGUUGGGAAGGCAUUAAGCUGCUCGACAGCUGUGGAUGAAGCAUAUGUAUCAAAUGUUCUAACACUUUCAGGGUUCAGUAUACCUAAAUUGGUGUUGCAGAUUGUUACGGUUGAUACCAUUUUCAGGGUUACAACUCCAGCUCUUAGUGAACUUGUCAUACUUAAGGAGAUUGCUUUCACCAUUUACAAUAAAGCUCGAAGAAUUUCACGAGGAUCCUAUAGUGAUGUGGUUCCAUCAUCGUCCCUAUCUAAUAGAUCUUCUUCAGUCAUGAUGCAAAUGUCUUCUCCAAUUCCAGGGAUGUGGAAGGAUUGUGUUGCUUCUCGUAUUGGGGGACCUGCCCUUCCCAGAGAGGGUGACUAUGAUGCUAGCUUGAGGGCUGGUGCUUGGGAUAAUUCUUGGCAAAUGUCAAGGACUGGAGGACUAGGACACAACCCAAAUUUUCUUCCAGAUGAAAUUCGUUUCAUGUUUGAACCCCUUUUUAUUCUUGCGGAACCUGGUUCCCUAGAGCGUGGAGUUUCACCUCCUGUUUUUGGGAAUCUAGCAUCUGAAUCUUCAAAGCUGUUGUUGGAUGAUGGUACUAGUGGCAGCUUUAUGCAGAGUUCAAUUACAUCAGGAAGUGUAGAUAGUGGAACAAGCUUUCAUUUUGAGGGAUCGGAGUCGGAUGGUUUUGGAUCUGGCCACCAAAAGACACUUGCAAGCCUACAUUGUUGCUAUGGUUGGACUGAAGAUUGGCGUUGGCUAGUAUGCAUUUGGACAGAUUCGCGGGGAGAAUUGCUGGACAGCUCUGUAUUCCCUUUCGGUGGUAUUAGUAGUAGGCAAGAUACGAAGGGUCUCCAAUCACUUUUUGUCCAAAUUCUGCAACAAGGGUGUCAGGUUCUUCAGGCUUGUUCUCCUGAUACUGGCAUUGCCAAGCCUAGAGAUUUUGUGAUCACACGCAUUGGAUGCUUCUUUGAGCUUGAGUGUCAGGAAUGGCAGAAAGCUCUCUAUUCUAUUGGGGGUUCUGAGGUGAAAAAGUGGCCUCUGCAGCUACGAAGAGCUGUGCCCGAUGGGAUGCCUGCUAGCAACAGUGGAACUUCAUUGCAGCAACAAGAGAUGAGUUUAGUACAAGAGAGAACCCUACCUUCUUCACCUGGUCAUUUGUACAGUCCUCACUCAAAGGCUUCUGCUUUCAUGAAAGGUGGUUUGGGACAAGCCUCUGGUAGAAAACAGAUAAUGGGUGGUCAGACUAUGGUGGACACCUCUAGGGGUUUACUUCAAUGGGUGCAAAGCAUCACUUUCAUCUCCGUUUCAGUUGAUCAUUCUUUACACCUAGUUUGUCAUGCAGAUUCAACAUCUCCUGGGGCAACUCAAAGUACUGGUAUGGUGGCUCAGUCAGGCUAUCUCGAAGGUUUCACUCCUGUGAAGUCUCUCGGUUCAACAUCUGCAUCUUAUAUUUUGAUCCCCUCGCCCAGCAUGCGCUUUCUACCACCAACACCUCUGCAGCUGCCCACAUGCCUCACUGCAGAAUCCCCACCACUGGCCCAUCUUCUACACAGUAAAGGCUCUGCAAUUCCCCUCUCUACUGGAUUUGUUGUUUCGAAAGCUGUACCCUCUAUGAGAAAAGAAUCUAGGAGCUACUCAAAAGAAGAAUGGCCUUCAGUUCUUUCUGUCAAUCUUAUUGAUUAUUAUGGAGGUAACAGCAUUACCCAAGAAAAAAUGGUGAAAGGGGUUGCCAAGCCAGGAGGAAGGGAUUUAAGUUUGGAAGCUAAAGAUUUUGAAAUAGAAACUCAUCUGAUUCUUGAGUGUGUGGCUGCAGAACUUCAUGCUCUAUCGUGGAUGACUGUGAGCCCAGCUUACUUGGAAAGGCGAUCAUCGCUGCCUUUUCACUGUGACAUGGUUUUGAGGCUUAGAAGGCUGCUUCAUUUUGCUGAUAAGGAACUCUCUAGGCAGCCAGAGAAGUCACAAGUUUAGUAUAAACAAAAGUUACACCAUCUAUGUGGAAUAACACCCGGAGCAAUCCAUUUUGUAGGCUUAGUUGUAAUUGGCCUGCUAUGCCUUUCUGUGCGUCACUUGCAACAUAUACUUUGCACAUAUAAUUGGAGCUUGCUGAUUAGCUGCAAUCUUUUUGGAAUUCUCAGAGAUAGACUGAACAGUAUUUUGAAGAGUGGAUUUAAGGGGUUAGCAAUAGGAGAGCAGAUUUUGAACUAUGUACAUACACCUUUCUGAAUGGUAGUUCAUCUUAGCUCAGUUAGCAUGACUAAUAGGUCUGGCAGAGCGGGACUGUUGUCUCGUGGCAGAAGAGAUUAAUUACAGUUGAGACUAAUUUUUUUUGUUAUUCCAUUGUUGCUGUCUAAAGACAUGAUAAGAACGAAGAUGGGUGAGCGUGGUGGUGUUCAUGUCUAGUAUAUGAAGGGAUGCUUGUUUCUGCGGAUGACUACUUAACCAUUUAGUACUUAUAUGUAAAAUUACCAAGUUGUAUGAACUAUUGAGAUAAUAAAUUAAUG